AUGUUUGCCCAUUUUCUUUUGUUUUCGCAUACCCCGUGCCGCCCAGCCUCAUCGCACAUUUUUCCUGCAGGAACAAGUUGUAGGUUUGUGUUUGUCAUCUCGCUGCUAUUGAUCUCCACUAUCGACCACGAGUACGGAAUUCAGGAAGGGUAUCAAGCAGCCGUAGCGUUUCCUUCGAGCUCUUCAACCUCUUCUCUUGCAAAACCUAACAAGGCUUUGAAGAAAAAAGUGGACUAA